AUGGACUAAAGAACUCCAAUACAAAGGUUAAUGGAAGAAUUGCACACAGGAUCACCUGCCUAGUUGUUAGAAGUGGCAAAUCAAUGUGAAUAAACACCAAACAUCUAAAUAACAAAAGCAAUCUUGCUAUUAAACAAUAAGAAUUAUUAAGAAGCCUAAUAACUUUUGAAGGGACUGAAAGAUCAUCCCCUUUAUCCAUUCACAAGACUCUAUCAACUCUAUGCAGAAGGAUAAUAUCAAUUGGUUGUGACAGAAUCUAGAAAAAAUAUCCCAGAAGAUCAACUAUUAUUGGGAUAGGCCUUUUUGAAGUUAGGAGAGUUCGAACAAGCUAUUUAGCUGUUUUAGAAAUUGCUUAAAGAUAGCAAAUUUCAAAAGGACUCCCAAGAUAUUUUAACAAAUAUCGCCAAUGCAGCUAUUCAAUAAAAUGACGAGAAUUAGAUGAGACAAAUUAAUUCAUAGAUUACAGAAUUCAUUAAAAAGAAUAAAAAUCAGUAUGCCAGAGAGCUAUUACUUAACCAUGCUUUGCUUAAUUUAUAAUUGAAUGAUGUAAAGACUGCUAAAGAGUUGACUAUUAGGUUUGAAAACAUGGUGAAGGUUGAAAAUGAAUAGGACGAGGAUCUAUUUUUAGCUCAAUUAAUUUUAGAUGUUAUAAAUCCAGGGGAUUACAAAAGCAAAGUUAAAUAAUAUGAACUUUUAGAGAAGACUUCAGAAUAAGCAGUGCUUUUGAAUAAUUUGGCAGUGUUUUAAGAAUUUAUACAUCCACAUCAUGACUCAUUAAAAAGAGUUGAAGAAGCAUUGUCAUCAGAUUACAAAUUUACACCUUCAUAACUUAAUGUGUUAAAAAUUAAUAAAGCAAUUCUACAAAUUAUUAAGAAUAGACCAACAAAGGAACACGGUUUGCCUCUUUCUGUUCAAAUUGCAAUUAACAGAUAAAAAUGGGAAUAACCAAUCGAGGAUCCAUAUCAAUAUUUAAUAUUUGCUACUAACAAUGAUAACACCAACAAAAUAAUUGAAUUGUGCAAUGUCAAAAAUUGGAACCAGAAUAAAGUCUUGAGUACUUUUAUCUUGGCUCAUAUCCUCAAAUUGCCUGAUGAUUCUCCUUAUGAUAAAUAAAUUUAAUUGAUUGCUCAAUUUCAUAAGUCCUUGGUUUGCAAUUACUAUAUUAAAAGAAGCAAUCUUCAAAAAGCUUUGUAAUAUUAUACUGAUGACCAACAAAUCAAGAGUCAAUUGGCCUUGCUUUGUAUUGAAAAGGGGUAGCUUGAAUAAGGAGCUAAAUUUAUUGAUUCUUUACAAUAUGACGGAAUAACAGAUAUGAAUGAGAUUGAAAAUUUAGAGAGGAACAUAGGAUUAUCAAAAAAGGUGGAAGUUUAGGUGAAGAAGAUUCAAAAGAAGAAGAAGAAGAGAAUUCGAUAUCCCAAAAACUUUGACAAGACCAACCCUGGACCAUUGCCGAAUCCAGAGAGAUGGUUACCUAAAUAUGACAGAAAAGAGUGGAAAAAGAAGAAAUAAAUACAUAGCAGAACUUAAGGAGGUAAUGCAGGAAAUGAAACAGUAAAUACAUUCAAAGCGAGCGGAGCUUCCACUGCAUAAGUUAGUGCAGCUUAGAAAAAAACAAAUAAGUAUAGAAAAUGAUAAGUUAAUAUUAUAUUAUCGUUAUAAUUACAAAAUUCUAUCAAAAUAGAAAAAGAA